GUGAGGGAGAGAGAGGGAGGGAGUGAGGGAGAGAGAGGGAGGGAGUGAGGGAGAGAGAGGAAGGGAGUGUGAGGGAGAGAGUGUGAGAGCGAUAGGGGGUUUUGAUUACCUAGUUGCCCUUGUAAUAUAUUCAGGAUGUGCAGGCGUUUGGUGUCCUCUCUUAUUUUUGCUCUUCGGAGUGAUGGAGGCCACAGCACUCGCCUUUCUUUUUUUUCUUUUUUGUUUCUCAUGGUGUUUUGGUUGCAGGUCGUUUUCCCUUCAGUCACAGAGUACACAUUCUUCUCGUUGUGCGUACGCACCUAUACGUUUGUACUUACUCUAUCUUGGUUGGCUCCCCCUUUUCUGUACUUGUUUCGGUAUUCAGGUCACUCAUUCUUAGAUCUGUUGUCAAAACCGAUGGCCUGUUUUUAUUCCGUGGGCUGGUUGGUUGGUUGGUUCGUUGCUGGCGCUGCUGGGCUUGUUUUGGGCGGCUUCUACGUCGUUAUUUACUUACUACCUUGGUGCCU